AUGGACGACGAACUACGAUCGCUUGGCGAGGUGUCGCUCCAGGCGUACCACCGGUGGUGCCAGCCGCUGCCGGGGGCCGCCGCCGCCGCCGCCGCCGCCGCCAUCGCCUCGGUGCCCCGGGACUCGCGGGUCCGCCUCCGGCCCCAGUUCCGCAGCUUCGACCCUGCCAGCGUCGACAAGAUGGCGCUUAUCGAGGAGAACCCCGACGUGUCGGUGUCGGUGGCGCCCCGCCAGUGA